AAGCGAUGGAGACGCCUUGGAAUCUGGUUUUUAACACCACGUGUGAUAUUUUCAUCUGCCCCUCCUUCUUCAUGCCCUCCACGUGUCACUUUCCCAUUAACUAUACGGGGUGUUUACAGUAAUUUACUUCUCUUUCAUUAAUGGGUGAAAAAAGAAAAAAAUGAAGACGAUGAUUGAUGAAGAAAAGGAAUUAUAUUUUUGUUUGUAGUUUUUAUUAUGAUCUGGGUAUUUUUAAUUAAUGGCGAAAGACGCUCAUGUGAGUGGUUUUUCUAGAGAUCUGUUACAGAGAUUCGUGAAUGGGACGAACCAGUUUGUUUACAGUGAUUUUCAACAAGGCGGUGGCGGUUGCGGGGGGAAAGAAACGGAGGAGAUUGAGCUGAGUUUGGGGCUGUCGUUGAACGGACGAUUUGGGGUAGACCCAGAAAGAGAAAAUAAGCUUAAAAGAUCAUCUUCAAUUCCCCUUUUUUUGAACCCAGAUGGAAAUUGCGGUGUUAAUAUUACAAGGACAUGCUCGUUGCCUACGCAGACUGAGGAGGACAGGAGGAAGAGGAAGGAGCUGCAAACUCUGAGGAGAAUGGAAGCGAAGAGGAAGAGAUCAGAGAAGCAAAGGAAUUGGAAGACUUCGAGGGAAAGAAGAAUAGUUUUUGGGGGAGAAGAAGAAGAGGAGGAGGAGGAGGCUAGUGUUGAUGGGAUUUUUGGGGCUGAAAAUUGUGUGCAAAGUUGGGUUAAUGGCGUCAAAGGAGCCAAUUGUAGCAUUUUAGUCAAGGGUGUUGGUGGUGGUGGUGAAGGAAGUUUACUAUUACCACCAGGUGCACCGCCGCCGCCGCCGCCGUCACAAGGCUCAAUUGGAUCAUCACAAGGGAGUGGCUCAUCUGGGAUUUCUGAAUUUGAGAGUCAGCAAUUUCAAGGAUUGAACAAAUGCACUGAAGCAGUCAGUCCUAAAAGUGUUCAGUCUACGCCGAAGAGCGAGCACAAAUUACCAACCAAUCCUAAAGCACCAACUGCAGAAAAAUCAAGUAGAUUUGUGGGGGCCGCAACAAGGGAUGAAUCGAGUAAGACGACAGCUGCUGAAAAGGGAGUGAAAGAAGUGGUGAGAAAUGUGCUAGAAGAUAUGCCUUGUGUGUCCACCACAGGUGAUGGCCCCAAUGGGAAAAGAAUAGAAGGAUUGCUUUACAGGUAUAGGAAGGGCGAGGAGGUGAGAAUAGUAUGUGUUUGCCAUGGUAGCUUUCUCUCGCCAGCUGAAUUUGUGAAACAUGCUGGUGGUGGUGAUGUUGCACACCCCCUGAAGCAUAUAGUUGUUAACCCGUCCACCCUUUUGUAGUGGUAAUGUGUUGAUACCUCAAUCGAAAAUGGUUAUGAAGCUUCCCCUUGUUUCUUAAAAAGAAAAUCUGGACAAGGCAUUUCUUUUGUAUGCAAUACAUGAUAGCAUGAUAACAAUGGUUAUAGAGCUCUCAGGGUGAUUUCUAAGUAGGUUUUCCGGCAUUCUACAAAAUUAGAUGUCCUGAUUCUUUAGUUCAGCUCUUCAUUUACUCAUCAAAAAUGUUAGCUGCUUUUGGAAUCUUGAAAAUGUUUAUAAAAAUAUCAUGUCCUGGAUUGACAGGCAAAAGUUGUUGCUUUUUUA